UUAAACAACGGCGCAAAAACAUCCUAUUUGUGCAAAUCUCCCCAACUCUUUUGCUUUGUUCACGAAUUCAACUCGACAGUGGCGGGUCGGACGGGCAACCCACGAUAAAAAAAAUUGGAUCUUUUUCAGCCAAAAAUGACACCACUCUCCCGCGACUCCGUCCUGUUCUCCGGCGAAAUUCACCAGUAAGUUCCAUCUCUAUCUCUUCCGUUUCCCCUCUUCUUAGAUUUCCCGACACAAAAUCCCUAAUCCCUUUCUCCAGUGAAAUUUUUUAAAUUGUAAACUAUGGAAUUUUGAAUCGGGACGCAGGCUUCUUUCUGUUUAAAAAUCCUAUCUUUAGACUGAAAAUCCGAUCUUUCGUUAUUUGUGAUCGUUAUAAGUAUGUUAUGUGCUUUCCACGUCACUAUGUUCAAAUUUUCUGAGUUUAAAACUGAAUUGUAUGUUAUAUUGUACAACGUAGACUAUAUACUGUACCAAAAUCUUAGCUGGAAGCAAAUUUCUGAGCAAAACUAGGUGCAAGUUGUGCUAUAUAAGCAAUGGAAUCAACUGUUGCUAUGGGGAACAGUAACGUGGAGCCUCGAGAUGAUAUGGAAUUUGAUUCUCAUGAUGCAGCCUAUGAAUUCUAUAAAGAAUAUGCGAAAUCAGCCGGGUUUGGUACCGCCAAAUUGAGUAGUCGUCGUUCUAGGGCAUCCAAAGAGUUUAUUGAUGCAAAGUUUUCAUGCAUAAGAUAUGGAAACAAGCAGCAGUCUGAUGAUGCAAUCAACCCUAGGCCUUCUCCGAAAAUAGGUUGUAAAGCUAGUAUGCACGUGAAGAGAAGGUCGUCGAAUGGGAAGUGGUACAUUCAUAGUUUCGUAAAAGAACAUAACCAUGAGCUUUUACCAGCUCAAGUGCACUUUUUCAGAAGCCACAGGAAUGUUGAUCCGCUUAAGAAUGACGCAAAAGUUCGAAGGAAAAAGAUGUUGGCUUCUGUAUCAAAACAGUACGGGGCAUACCAAUUCUCUGGUAACCUGGAAAAUCUUUUCAGGAAUCAACAUGACAGAGGUCGAAGUUUGACUUUAGAAGAAGGAGGUGCGCAGGUCUUGCUUGAAUUUCUUGUGCAAAUGCAGGAAGAGAAUCCAAAAUUUUUCUAUUCUGUAGACUUAAAUGAGGAGCAUCGAUUGAGGAAUGUUUUCUGGAUUGACGCCAAAGGCAUGGAUAAUUAUUCCAAUUUUGGUGACGUGGUGUCAUUUGAUACUACAUACUUCACAAACAAAUAUAAAAUACCUUUGGUUCUCUUCAUUGGAGCAAACCAUCACGUUCAACCCACCUUACUAGGUUGUGCACUAAUUGCUGAUGAGACAGUGCAUACGUUCAUAUGGUUGAUGCGGACAUGGUGUUUGGCAAUGGGUGGACGAGGUCCAAGAAUUUUGUUGUCUGAUCAAAACGACAACAUCAAAGCAGCUGUUGGAGCAAUCUUUCCGGACACCGGGCACUACUUUAGCCUGUGGAGUAUAUUGGAGAAGAUCCCAAGGCGUCUUGAAUAUCUCAGUCUGUGGCAUGAUGCAUUUAUGGCAAAGUUUACUAAGUGCAUAUAUAGAUCAUGGACUGAAGAGCAAUUUGAACACAGAUGGUGGAAGUUGAUCGAAAAGUUCAAUCUUAGAGAGGACGAGUGGGUCCAAUCAUUAUAUGAAAAUCGCAAGCUUUGGGUGCCUGCUUUUAUGAGGGAUGUAUCUUUUGCCAGUUUAUCCACGGCUUCAAGAUCCGAAAGCAUGAACUCUUUCUUUGACAAAUAUAUCCAGAGUGAAACGUCUCUUAGAGACUUUAUUGGACAACAUAAGCUAAUCCUUGAAGACUGGUAUGAAGAGGAAGCCAAAGCUAAUUUUGAUGCAUGGCAUGAGAUGCCUGAGCUUAAGUCUCCCUCGCCCUUCGAAAAACAGAUGUUGCUCAUAUAUACUCGUGAAAUAUUCAAGAAGUUCCAAGUUGAAGUAUUAGGAGCUGCUGCAUGCCAUCUAAAAAAAGAAUCAGAAGACGGCACAUCUAUAACAUAUGCUGUCAAAGAUUUUGACGCAAAUCAGGACUUCAUGGUGGAGUGGGAUGCACUGAGGUCGGACAUAUACUGCUCAUGCCAUUCAUUUGAGUACAAAGGUUACCUUUGUAGACAUGCUAUUGUGGUUCUUCAAAUGUCUGGUGUCUUCAAUAUUCCGUCUAAGUAUAUAUUGCAGCGCUGGACCAAUGCUGCCAUGAGCAGGCAUUCCAUAAGUGAAAGAAUGGAAGAUGUGCAAGCUAAAGUCCGUCGCUACAAUGAUUUGUGCCGACGGGCAAUAAUAUUGGGUGAAGAGGGAUCACUGACUCAGGAAAGUUACAACAUUGCUGUUGGUGCCAUUAAAGAAGCCUUAAAACAAUGUGCAACUGUUAAUGUCACUUGUGAGACUAAUCUUAGAUCAGGCAGUUGUGCUACCCUUGCUAUCCAAGGUGUUAAUGAAGUAUGUCAAGGAAACAGUCUUGCAGCUAGAGAGCUAAUGCCUUACAGUAGAGCGGCCCAGACAAGCAAGGGUUCUAAAAGAGCAGAUCCUGGAAAAGAAAGGGAAAGCAUUGACAACGCUUCUAAUAAAAAAGGAAAGGUGACUUUGGAGCCAGAAAUUCCUAAUGGUGCACAAGGGGUCUUUCACCAAAUGGAGCUCCUGGAAAAGUUUAUUUUGAACAUAUAUCUGAUGCACCUAAUAGUUGACGAGCUAGAAGCUAUCCACUGGACAAUGACUAGAAUUAAACUAGAGGCUUUUGUAAUCCACUGCAAAAAAAAAAAGGAUAUGCCUGGUAGCCUGGAUUAUCCUACCUUGUACCCCAGAUUAACAACACUGUUAAGAGGUGGUGACAUUAACAAAAGAAGUGUGGAAUUGCUUGGAGAGAUGUUGGAGUAACAAAAAUUAAGGGUCAUAUAUCAUGGAUUGGUGGAGGAACAAUUUGUGUUUUUUAAUUGGGUGUUCCUCUCAAAGUAGAAAAGAUGCAGGAUCGGAAGAUUGAAGAAAUGAGAUGCUUAAUGCACGGGCGGGCAUCUGCAAUUACACAAUUAAAUAUGUCAAAUGUGAAAGUAAUUAGCUUUAAUAAUCUCCAAGCCCCGAGAUUCCCUGUUUUUUGGUGUUGCAGCGUGAAAGGCUCUGCAACUAUGUGAAAAUGGUAAGGAGGAAACUGGGGUUGGGGGUGGGUUGUUAUAAUGUUAAUGUUGCUUUGGAGUUAUAAUCUUCAGUCUUGUUGAGCUUAUCAACUCAUACUAGAUCCAAGUUUGGCAAGGAAGGUUGGCUCGAGGUGAGAUUUUCUUCUUCAAGAAGACUGACCCACAGCUUCUUUGUUAGCAGUUUCAGAUACAUAUUCCCUGGGCGCUAGGCGAUGUAUUUGUGGGUUUAGCUUCCCCUCCUAUUGUCUAUGUAUAGUGAGGUCAUGUAGUUGAUUCCAACUAGUUCGGGAUCGAGGCAUAGGUGGUGGUGGUGGUGUUCUUAUUGGUUUGUUGCAGGUUAUGGAUAGGUGAAGGUUUCAAUGAGGGAAGAAUUCAAGUUAAUAUACAUUGACAGUGUAAAUUGCAAAGAUUUCUUACUUUUAUUGGCGAAUUUUAACUUGUGAUAGAUACCAUGUUAGGGGU